AUGGUCGAAAUCGCGAGUUUUGUUCUGGAUAUUGUCAAGUGCUUGGCUGCUCCGAUUGGGCGUCAAUUUAUGUACCUGUACAACUACAAGAAGAACAUUGACAAUCUCCAAGAUGAAGUUAAGAACCUGAAGAAUACAAGUGAAGAAGUGCAGGUUAAGGUGGUUGCUGCUGAAAUAAACGUGGAAGAGAUCAAACAGAGCGUUAAGGACUGGCAGACUAAGGUGAACAAUACCAUUACUGAAGCAGAGAAGUUGAUUGAAGAGAAAGAAAACAACCCUCGAUGUUUCAAGGGAUUGUGCCCCAACUGCAUCACCCAAUACAAACAUAGCAAGAAGGCAUUCAAAUUAAAGCGGGAUGAUAUAGUUCCACUCCUGCUGCAAGAAGAAAGAUUCGAUACGAUUUCCUAUUCAAGUAUUCAAUCCAACUACGAGAAGAACUUUGACAAGCUCCGAGAUGAUGUUUCGAAGCUGAAGAAUGCAAGAAGCAAAGUGCAGCGUAUGGUUGAGAAGGCCGAAAAAAAUGUGGAAGAGAUUGAAGAGGAUGUGAAGAAGUGGCUAGAGGAUGUUGACUCUAUCAUUGUUAAAGCAGCGGAGUUGAUUGAAAACCAAAGCUCGGUUGGCACUGACUGGGAGACCCGCUACCGAAAUAGCAAGGCAGCAUCCGAAUUAAUGGUGGAUAAUAUUGGUCCACUCUUGCAGCAAGGAGAAAGAUUCGAUAAAGCUUCCCAUCCUACUAUUCACAAGGAGAUAUGGCUUAGAUCUAAUGAAGAUUAUUUGGCAUUCGAAUCAAGAAACUCCACUGUGAAGAAUGUAUUGGAUACUUUACAUGAUGAGGAAAUCGACAUGGUGGGUGUUUAUGGGAUGGGUGGUCUAGGCAAGACCACUCUUGUGCAGGAAAUUGGCAGGAAAGCCGAGAAGGAUAAGCUCUUUGAUGAGAUUGUUUUUGUUGAGGUAACAGAAACUCCGGAUACAAAAAAAAUUCAAACAAUAAUUGCAAACAAGUUACGUCUCAAAUUCGAAGAUGCAAUGGAAGAUGAGAAUCAAAGAGCAAAUAAGUUAUAUUCUAGAAUGGAGAAGAAGAAUAUCCUUUUAAUUGUAGAUAAUAUUUGGGAAGAGCUAACUUUGGAAAAGAUUGGAAUUCCUUUUGGAGCUGAUCGUGGAAGAAGUAAAAUAUUGAUGACAACAAGAAACGUAGAUGUGUUGGAGAAGAUGGGUUCAACAACUAAUUUCAAGAUGGGUAUUUUAAAUGAAGAAGAAGCUUGGAGGCUAUUCAAGAAAAUGACAGGUAAUGUUAUUCAAACGCCUGGAUUGAAUUCUUUACCAAAGGAUGUAUGCAAAGAAUGUGGAGAUUACCAUGUACUUACGGAGAGAAAUGACAUUGAAAGGGAAUGGAAGGAUAAAGAUAAACUUAGAAAAUGCACAAUUGUCUCUUUAGUGGGUAAUAAUAUUAUCACUCAACUUUGGCCUGAAGCAUUAGAUUGUCCAAAACUUGAAUUUCUUAGGGGUUCUUCUUUCGAAAUCCCUAAGGAGUUCUUCACAGUGAUGCCAAAGCUAAAAGUUUUAAAUUUAUUUGGAAUACAACAGUCGUUGUUGUCGUCACUUGAUCUUCUGACAAACCUUCAAACAUUGUAUUUAGAUGAUAGCGAAAUUGAAGAUAUUGCUAUUAUCGGAAAGCUUAAGAAGCUAAAAGUCCUUAGCUUGCGAAAUACUAAUAUUGAGGAGUUGUCUACAGAAAUGGGUCAAUUGACUGGGUUAAAGAUUUUAGAUUUGAGCAAUUGUUGGCAAUUAAAAGUUAUUGCGCCAAAUGUGAUAUCAAAACUAUCCCAACUAGAAGAAUUGUAUAUAAAGGGAUGUAGUAUUCAAUGGAAGGUUGAAGUACUUGAGGAGUUGAAGCACUUAUCUCAAUUGACCAGUUUAGAAAUAUAUAUUAAAGAUAAGAAGAUGAUGCCUAAAGACUUCUAUUCUAGAGAGCUUAAAAGGUGCAAUAUAUCAAUAGAAGAUGAAUUGUUCGACGAUUAUGAUUGGUAUCAAUUUUCAAGAAUCUUUAAAUUUCAAUAUGAUUUUACCAUCUCUUUAGAAGAAUUACGAAUUCUCAAGAAUGUUGAACUCUUACGGUUGGUCGGAUCCCGUCGUGAUGAUAACAAUCUCAAGCCACUUUUUAACGAAAAGGUUUUUUUCACCAAUUUGAUGGCCUUGGAAUUGAAAAAUAUUAGUUCUGGAAAGAUUUGGGACAACCAAUUUCCAACACUUUUGUCUUCCUCCUAUCAAAAUUUGACACACUUUAUCUUGAAGAGUUGUAGAAAAAUAAAAUACGUGUUUCCAUCUUCCAUUGCCAAAAGCCUCCAGACUCUACAACACCUUCAGACAAUGGAUUGUAAGAUUUUAGAGGAGAUUGUUGCGGAAGAAGAAGGAGCAAAAGUUGCUGUUAAUUUUGCCUUUCCGCAAGUUACCAAUUUGCGGCUUGAGAAAUUGCCAAAUCUUAUAGCUUUCUAUCCUGGAAUACAUACUUAUGAAUUGUCGAUGUUAAAAAGGUUGGUGAUCAAAGAAUGUGAAAAAUUCACUUCAAAAUAUCUAAGCUUCCAAGAAAAUUCAUUUCAAAUUCCAGAGCCAAAAUCCCUCUGCCUAGCGCAUAAGAUCAACUCUAAUUUGGAGGAUUUGAAUUUAAAGAAUAAGUUGAGACAAAUUAGAUGGCGGAGUCGAUUUAAAACUCUUGAGAUCGAAGAUGAUGAGUCAACAAAUAUUCCACUUGGGCUCCUUCAGAGAUUUGAAAAUCUGGAAGUGCUUCAACUAGCUUGGUGUAGAUACGAAGAAAUGUUCUCAUGUGGAAAGGAUGAGAAACAUAUGCAGAUCACUCUAUUAACUUCUUUCCAGAAUCUUAAAGUUUUGAAUGUAAGUCAGUGCAGAGAGUUGAUGAAGUUAAUGACACAUUCAAUGGCUAAGAGCUUGGUGCAGUUGAGAGAAUUGAGCGUAGAGGGAUGUGAAACGAUGAUAGAAAUAGUAGAAAAUGAAGGAGAUGCAACAACGAGUAUUGAAAUUGCUUUUGAUAAUUUAAAGAAGUUGUCACUUAAAGACUUAAAAAGUCUCAUAUGCUUCUGCUUUGGGAAUUAUUCUUUCAAUUUCUCAUCUUUGGAAGAGUUAAUUAUAAGAGAAUGCCCCAAUAUGAAGACUUUCUCUCAAGGAAUCUUAAGCACACCAAAGUUACACAAAGUCAAUUAUGAGGGCUUCAAUGAGACUAACAUGAAGUGGGAGAAAAUAAAGGAAGUAGAGAAUGAGGGGAAUGAUCUUAAUAAAAGCAUACAAGGAGCAUACAAGAUACAGGACAUUUCCCUUGAUUUGAAGUAUAAGGCAUUCAAAGAUGUCAAUUCUACAGAGAUUUGCUACAACCAACAUCCAAAUUUCUUUUAUGAAAGUUUGACACAUUUGUUCUUGUGGAAUUGUGGAAACAUAAAAUAUGCAUUUCCGUCUUCCAUAGCCAAAAGCCUUCACCAACUCCAACAAUUAAAAAUACAAAAUUGUAAGGCUUUAGAGGAGAUUGUUGCAAAAGAAGAAGGAGCAAAUGCAGUUGUCAAUUUUUUCUUUCCGCAUGUAACCUCAUUGAAGCUUGAAGAUCUACCAGAACUUACAACUUUCUAUCUUGGAAUACAUACUUUUGAAUGGCCAAUGUUAAAAGAGUUGGUGGUGAAAAAUUGUGACAAAUUCACUUCAAAACAUAUGAGCUUCCAAGAAAAUAGUGAGGAGGGUGAACUUCAUAUUUCUAAGCCAAAAUCUAUCUUCUUGGACGAUAAGAUCAAUCAAGAUUUGGAGGUAUUUGAAUUAAGGAAUGACAUGAAAAGAAUUAUAUGGCAGAGUGGAUCUAAAACUUUUGAGAUCUCAUAUGAUAACUUAACAAAUAUUCCACUUGGACUCCUUCAAAGAUUUGAAAAUCUGAAAGAGCUCAAACUAGACAUGUGCGAUAUGAAAGAGCUCAAACUAUACAGGUGUGAUCAGUACAAAGAGUUAUUCUUUCCAAACUUUCAAAAUCUUGAAGUUCUAGAGGUACACCGGUGUAGCAAAUUGAUGAGUCUCAUGCCAUUCUUAGCUUCUUUCCAGAAUCUUAAUGUUUUGAGAGUUUCCAAUUCCAAUGGGUUGAUGAAGUUAAUAACACCUUCAACAGCUAGAAACUUGGUGCAAUUGAGAGAAAUGACGGUAAUGAAUUGUGGAAUGUUGAUUGAAAUAGUAGAAAAUGAGGGAGAACAAGAUGCAACAACGAGUAUUGAAAUUGUUUUUGAUAAUUUGAAGAAGUUGUCACUUGUAAACUUACAAAGUCUUACAUGCUUUUGCUCUGGGAAUUACUCUUUCAAAUUCCCAUCUUUGGAAAAGUUAAUUAUAAGAUUUUGCCCCAAUAUGAAGACUUUCUCUCAAGGAAUCUUAAGCACACCAAAAUUAUACAAAGUCGAUUAUAUGAGUUUGAAUAUGACCAAAAGGGUGCCGAAAGAAAUGAAAGUAGAGAAUAAGGAGAAUGAUCUUAAUACAACCAUACAACAAGCACACCAAAAAGAGAUUGUUCAGAUUUCUGUAAAAGAUUCGAAGAAGGAGUUUGAGAGUUUUAGUUCGAUAGGAAACUAA